AUGUCCGACGACAACAAGCCAGUCACCGUUCAGGCUGCCGCUGCUGAGAAAAAGCAGGCUACUGGCCCCAGCAUUUCUGAGGCCGAUCUCACCAAGUACAAGACCGCCGCCGAGAUCGUUCAUUCAGUAACGAAAAAGUUGAUCGCGCUUGCCGUCGAGGGAGCCAAAGUGAUCGAUUUGUGUGUCGAGGGCGACAAGCUUGUGGAAGAGGGCACUGGCGCCGUCUACAACAAGUCUGUCAAGGGUGUCAAGAUCAGCAAAGUGCUCGUUUGCCGACGCGCGUCCUCUAGAUCAGACCCACAGGCCGACCAGGUUUUGAAGAAGGAUGACGUCGUGAAAAUCCAACUUGGAGCUCAUAUCGACGGUUUCGCAUCCAUCAGCGCUGAAACUAUCGUUGUGGGUGCCGAUGCCUCCAAUCCAGUCACUGGUCGUCGCGCAGAUGUGAUUAGGGCCGCUUGGACUGCUGCAGAGGCCGCCAUGAGGACCGUCAAGGUUGGAAACAAGAACUGGAGUGUCACCGAGAUUGUCGGUCGAUCUGCCGCCCAGUGGGAUUGCAAACCCGUCGAAGGAAUGCUCUCCUGCGAACAGACCCAGAACGUCAUUGACGGCAAGAAACGCAUCAUCCUCAACCCCAGUGAAGGCCAGAAACGCGAGUUUGAGACCGCUACCUUUGCUGAAGGUGAAGUUUAUGGUAUCGACAUUCUUGUGUCUACCGGUGAAGAUGGCAAGGCUCGUCUCGAGGAUACAAGAACCUCCAUCUACCAGCGCGAUUCGGCCGUCACCUAUCAGCUCAAAAUGAAGAACUCCCGUGCCGUUUUCUCUGAGGUCCAGAAGAAGGCUGGUGCCUUCCCCUUCAACAUCCGCAUCCUUGAGGACGAGAAGCGAUCUCGAAUGGGUUUGCAAGAGGCCGUUCAGCAUAGCUUGGUUAAACCUUAUGAAGUGAUCUAUACCCCCGCAAAUACCUUUGUCGCCGGUUUCCACUUCACCAUCGCAUUACUCCCCGCUGGUCCUUUGUUGCUCACCCAACCCCCCAUCUGGUACUCUCCCGAUGUCGUCAAGACCGAGAAGGACCUCCAGGAUGAGGAGAUUAAAACCCUCCUCACGAGAAACUUGCGCGAGUCCAAGAAGAAGAAGAACAAAGCCAAGAAGGAGGGCGAGAAGACCGAGGAGCAAAAGGAAUUAUGA